UUGAUGUCCGGCAUAAGAUAGAACCUUCAAAAUAACCAAUCUUCCAAUUUGCAGAUGCAGGAACCAAAGAUUCUCUUACUCUCGGAGCUACUUCAAAGCUCCCGCCCUCUCACUGGCGCUUUCUCUCUAAACCCUUCUUCUUCUUCCCCGGAACAUCUCAUUUCUGGUUUCGUUCCUCAAACCAAAUCAAGAAAAUCUCCAAAACAGUCAGGGAACGAUGAAAAUGGUUUCAAUAGAAGUUCUUAUUUAGAGUCCCUGGAGUACCCAAGUAUAAUAGUUGGAACCCUUAAUCUUCCAACGGUGGAUAAUUAUUGUAAGUAUAAUAAAAAGUCUUGCUUUUCAUUUUCUGAUGGUUCUUCUUAUAGGGUUUGUUGUGACUUUCUUGACAUAGACAUUAUUAAGACAAUUGGUAAACGAAUUCAUGUUUUAGCUUGGAAUUUCAUUCCAUUUCAUUGUAAAAAGGGGGGAUUUUUAGAGAUUAUUAGAUGGAGGAGUAGUAGCCCUCAUGAUGGUUGUGUAAAUGACCAAUGUAGUAGUAGUACCUCUUUGGAUUCUGCUUUUAUGUUGGCUUCUCAUUUGUACUGUCAACAAGAGAAUUUCAAAACAAGAUCGUUUAUUCACGGUGUAAUUGUUUCUGUUAGUCCAGUGUUCUGUGUUCCAUGUACUGUGUCUGAUAAAAGUUCAACGGAGAGCGGGUUCCUUGCAGAAUUAAUGGUAUGCAAAUGUGAGUUGUGCACUUGUAAGAUAGCAGUGCAGGAUCUGCUUCACAGACGGGGUAGUAGUCAUUCUUUCACUGUUCCUGUUACUGUAUACUUCUUGGGUUCUGCUGCUUCUUGCCAUCCCAUUGCUACAAAGCUGCUCGGAAAUGUUGUGUGCUUCACUGGCUUGAAGAAAAAAGUGGUUUUUAUUGGGAAACAAGACUCAUGCUCUAUGCUUAUAACAACAGACAAAACUGCAUUGCGAUACAGGCUAGGGUUUCCGGAUGAAGCGACCUUGAUAAAGGGAAGUGGAGACUCUGGGGCAUAUAGUGGUACUGUUACGGGGGUAUACAUGGAAGGCAUGGUUGUAGAAUUGGAUGACAAAGUGUGGAUUUUAAUUACUGAUCGUCUACUUGCUCCACCCCAUUCUUUGAGAAUUGGGGCUGUGGUUUCUGUUAUAAAUGUCCAUUUUGGACGCCCAAAAUUUUCUUGGACAAGAAUGCUUUUGCUUGGGACAUGCUACAAGACAAGCAUUAAAGUGAAGUCCUUUUCACUGAUGGAGACUCCGUGCCAUAUCCAGUCUCAGAUGCAGAGUUUGUUGGACAAGUUCAUUGAGUCGUUAGUAUUUUCGGCUAGAUUUUGGUUACUGCUGACGAUAUCAUGUUUCAGGAAAAACAUCUCUACUUUUGUCUCCGAGAAGGAGAUCUUAGGAUCAAAAAAUAAAAUUGGGAUGGUUCAGAUGUAUGCAACAUCAAUCUUACCGUUGUAUGCUUUUAGACCUCGGUCUGGCGUAUUCACAGAAUUCUGCAAGCAUAAUCUUUGUGGCUGUGUUAAUGAGCAAUACUGCAGUUCCUUGAAAUUGGCUGUACCUAUCACGAAUUUUGUCGGCCACUGCGAGCGUCUGUGGGUGAAUAUGCUGUUAGACAUCCAAAAUGGCUCUGAUGUAGUUGAAAAGAAAAAUUGUUUAAGCCUUUUUUCCUGUGAAGGAAAAUCUUAUUGCCGAAUGCUCAGGAGGAUUGUGUCAAGUGAAGGUACUGGUAUUGUUUUGAUUGGUUCUUUGCAGAUCUCUCCUUUUUCUGGGCGAUUGCAGUUGAUUGAUGCAACUGGCAGCAUUGAUGUUGUCAUUCCAGACUUUCCAUCAAAUUGUGAUGUCAGAAGUAUAUAUCGGGUUAGGACCUACAGCAUUGUUCUAGAGGGAUUACCUGCAGAAGUAGAUGAUUUAGGCUUUAGUAAAAGUAAGCUGUUCUUGUGGAGGGAUAUCUUUCACCAUGUUCCAGUGGAAAGAGAGAUAAAACCAGCAGCCAUUUAUCUUCACUUUAGUAUGACGGAUACAACUUGCCUAAAUGAAACCUUGAAUCAUCCUUUCAAAACAGGUAGCUUUGAUAAUCAUAUGGAAAUCCAAGAUGGAUUAUUCCAUCUGGUUCUGGUAACACACAAGUUUCCCGCCGUCAGAGAUUUCCUAGACGAGCCAAUUAUUUCCAAAAAGUCAAGCUUGUUUGCGGAGGCGAUAGUCUUGCCUUGGAAUUUGCUUCUUGAAGAAGAUCAGGUGACUGAUUCUCACGUAGAUGCCCCAGAGGAACGCAGCAGAAGAGAUUACUCAGGAAACUUGCCAAAUAAGAGGCCUAAACAUGACCACAUAUCAAGCCUAGCUUCAACUUCUACCUCCAGUGAGAACAUAAGAAUUUUGAGCAGCAAGUCUUUUGGUUGUCCAAUCGGUGGGAAAUUUUCUCAUAGGGGAUUUAGUGACGACCAUAGACACAAAAACUUUGGUUCAGUUAAUGAAAUACAAUUUGAGGUCCUAGUAAGGAGUUAUAAGAAUGGCAGACUAGCAAGAAAAGGAAGCUUGAUUUGCACAAAUUCUGAUGCUAUGGAGAGUGUUAUCAGCAAAUCAAAUCGUCAGAAGGUUCUGCUGGAAUUUAAGUCUGAAACUCUUAGAAUGUAUGAGUUGCUACAAGUUGGUGUGUGUUAUUUGAUAAGGUAUGAUAACGAAGAAACCCCUGGUACUGUAAAGUGCUUUAACUACGUAUCAUGCGGUAAGUUUCUUAUUACUUCUCGAACACCAAUGUGGAGCUUCUCAAUUUCAUCUGAUAAAGUUUCGCCUGCCAGCGAGGUACAGAAGAGCCAUGUGUUCAAAAUGGCUUCUGUUGGGAAUGACGCAGUUCCUUCUAAAAUUUCAACCAACAGUGAACUAUUUUUCCUCAGAUCGCCAGUGCAAGACCCGGGGAACUGUACUGAAGUCAUUCUGCAUAUGUCUGCUGAUGCAUUUGGCCGCUUGAAGGUGGAUAUUGAAGGAUCGAAGGACAAAUCAAUCAAGUCUAUUGCUUUAUUUGUGGACACUGCCAAUAUCUCGUUCUGCCUUAAGACGAUGGCUUCUGAGUUGCAGUGUUUCAGGCCAACUGAAUUAGAUGGCAGGUUGCCGCAAGGUGCUUUAAUAUCUGUUCACGGAUAUGUAGUAGAUGUUCACAGUUUAGAAUCUGAUGAUGUCCAUAAUGAACAUUUAAGAUGUGGUGAUAGUGGAAAUAUUUGUCAGUUGAGGUCCUUUAGAGGGUCAUCAGGGAGCACUUGCAUUCAUAUAUCCGAUGGCUGUCAACUUGUGAAAUUACGUGGUGUUUUAAGUCAGCAUGCUUAUCCAAUUGGAAUGGGACCAGGAAUACGGGCAACAUUCCACCGUGUUCUUGUGGGAGAUCAGGCAUUGAUGUUGACUCCGGUGACAUUCAUUGUGAUCAACUCAGUAAAAGAAGUCUAUGAUAAGGUUGGUCUCAGGUGUUCAGGUCCGAUGUUUGGUUUGGAUAUAUUACAAAAUGCAUUGCGAGACACGGUUACUAGCAGUUUGAUAUCAGAGUUGAUUCUGUCUGAUAGUAAGCCAAAGCAGUUACGGUGCAGGGUUGUGGCGAUCCAUUUACUCUGGCUGGAAAAGCAGAACUGCGAGUUAAACAAUGCACAAAUGAAGGAGAAGAGCAAAUCAUCCCCUGUCAAUAUACCACUUGCAGGGUUUAUAGUGGAUGAUGGUUCGUCGUUGUGUUGUUGCUGGGCUAGUGCUGAAAGAGCUACGGUAUUACUGAGACUCGAUGAAGAAAUUUCAAGCAAAGCUUUCAUCAGUAGCGCCUGCAGAAUGAAGGCUGUCAGAUCCAUCAAGGCCCAAAGUACUGCUCGAUAUCAUCUACAAAAUGUCUUAAACAAGCACCAUAAAGUUACAUUGAGUUGUUCUGACAACUUUCUGGAUUCAUGUGAAAAUCUUAGAUUUACUGUGAAUUCAGUGUAUAGGCUGAGUUGUUCAGAUGAAAACCUCCUUAAGCGCAUCGUACUCGAUGCGAAAUGUGGCCCUGUUGUAAAUAUUGUGGGUAGUCAGAUGGAUUCAAAUGCGGUCGCUCAUUUAAAGGAGUUGACAGGAAUUAGAAUACCAAAACAUGUAAUGCAGAACAUAUGGGUUCUUGGAGUUCAGAAUGUUGAUCCUCGAACCGAAGCGAAUACUAUGUUUCAAGAAUUAUUAUAGUCAUUCCCCCAAAUUAAAAAGAAUUACUCUAGUACUUGAGGAAAAAAACAAACAAACCAGGACUAAAUACAAGAAAACUAAUAUCUGGUGCAAAUUAUGCACUUAUCAUUUAACCCCAUAUAUUAUCAGCUCUAGAUGUAUACUAGCCAAAUCUCAUUUGAUAUAAUUUUAAUGAAAACAAAAAAGUUGUAAAACGAAAAUUUACUUGCGU